UUGUUAUUCACACCUCUUUCAUUCGUUCAGCUUUCUGCUUUUCAUUCUCCUAGAUACCCUCAUGGUGGCUCUUAGCGUCUAUUCCGUUGUAUACUGCCAAUCUCUCUUUCCUUCCCCCUAGACACCGACGACACCGUUUUGUUUCUCCUUUACGAAACCUCCGACCUAGUACUGUUUCAUAUGCGAGGGAAAGGCUGCGAAGCCUCACAACGGUGACCCUCACAUCCGAAAGCCGACUUCAGCUUUUGCACCCUCAGCAUCCUCUCUUCUUCCUCACCAUCGCCAUGCGUCUACAAUUGGACCAAUUUGGCAAACUCAAAAAUCACAUCCACGCUGGUCAGGCCGUAGUUUUAUUCCUGGCCUGGGUUCUUACAAUCGCUGUGUUGACUCGAGACGGUCGCAGCGAUGGAAGAGUUGGGUGGUACUUCGGGUUGUGCUUCUUGACGAUCCCGAUCCUAGUAUACCUCGUAAUGGUACCCAUGUGGUCUCGAGCACGCAAAUUUGCCAACGUGUACGCUUUUGCAACCUUGGAUAGCCUCAGCAUCGUGCUGUGGCUUAGUGCAUGGGCGGCAGUAGCAUCAUAUGUCAACCAGGGGAAAGGUAAUGGUGACAACACGGAUGAAAGUGGUUGUGAUAAUUUUGAGUUUGGAAGUCCCAGCCGAUGCAGACUCAGCGAGGCCAUCAUCGCCUUCGGCGUCAUUGAGAUGCUCCUUUUUGGUGCCACGGCUUUCAUCUCCUUCCGAGCAGUCAUGACCUACAAGCGGACUGGCAUGAUGCCCAACACGAGGCAAACAGAAGGAUAUCCCAGCGACUUUUCUGCACAGAGUCAGGCCGCAUUUUCCAGUAACAUGCAUGAUGAUGUCGAAGAUGGCACAGACAAUGACUGUCGGCCAGACUAUGGCCAGAAACCCUCAGUCGAGGACGAAUAUGCCCCCAUUGUCCAGAACGAUCAUAAUGACAUUGCGCAUAUGCCGGCCCAGCAGCCUCAGAGUCCACUCAAUUCGUCAGGGUUAGGGAUUCAAUCUUACAAUUCCGCCUAUGACUCGUCCUACGGUCGACAGGAGGAUGGGUUCUUGACGAUGCCUGAGCCCAAACGAUAACCAAUACCUAUGAAGUUUUGUUGCGAAUAUGUUAUGCUUGAAUUGGAGUUGACGCUCAAUGGGAACAUGGGACUAGUUUUGCAGUAUACCCACUUCAGUUUACAUGCUUUGUAUCUUUAGAGAAACAUUAGAUUUGGCGAUUCCUUGUCUGGAUUCUUGUC